AUGACAUGUCCAGAAAAUGAAAGUAGUAUACUCGUUAUAGACGUCAAAUCGAGAAAGUUGUGGGCAGAUAUAGUGAGAUCCUUAUAUGGGGAGAUCGUGUGGGACGAGGAGGGGCUGAAACUUGUUGGAACAAACAGGAUUAAGGGCGGUUGGUGGCCAAAAAUUGUCUCAUUAGCUGGUGGGCAGUCCGGGAAAUGGUUUGUGGAUAACAUUGAUCGCAAGGUUGGGAACGGGAGAGAUACAAAAUUCUGGGAGCAUAGAUGGGUGGGUACUAAACCUUUAAAGUUUGUGUUCCCUAGACUUUUCUAUCUUAGUGACAAUAAAGAUUCGACCAUUAGUGAAUUGGGGAACUGGGAGGAAGGUGUUUGGGUGUGGGAUUUGAAAUGGAGAAGGGUGCUUUUCGACCGGGAAGUCACAGCUACAAACGAUCUGUUAUCUUUCAUUUCUGGUACCUCUCCAAUUACAGGUUGUGCAGAUGGUUGGAUUUGGCGAGCGACAAAGGAGGGCAUGUAUACAACAAAGUCUGCAUAUGAAGUUAUCAAAGGGCUAGGAAACGAGGCUUUGGUGGAGACUUGUAAUAGGGAAAGGUUGGCGAAAAUCUGGAACAUACAGGCUCCACAGAAGACGAGAGUAACGACGUGGAGAAUCCUCAGGGAUCGGCUGCCAACGUGUGAAAAUUUGAGAAAGAGAAAUAUCCCACUUGGAGAGGAGGAGAUUAUGUGUAAUGCUUGCUGUCAACAUUUAGAAACGACAAAUCAUCUGCUUCUGUCGUGCCCGAAGACUGAAAAGGUUUGGAUUGGAAUUCAUUGGUGGCUGGGAAUAAAAGCAGCGUGGCCUCAAUCGGUUGAGGCUCACUUCGAUCUGUUCACAUAUCUUGAUAAAGGAAAUGAAGGUCGACUUUUUCUUGCGACAGUUUGGGUUUGUACCACUUGGCUGUUGUGGAAACGACGUAAUGAAAGCAGAUUUGAGGGCAAGAAUUGGGAGAUCAAUGACGUGAUCGAAGAAGUGAAAGUGAGGAUGUGGAGUUGGAACAAGAUCUUUGGAUUACUUGAUAAGGAAAUUAGUUCUCAAGCUUGGUUCUCUUGUGUAUUUCCUCUUGCUCUUGUGUAA